UAACUUAAUUUAAAGUUGUCGUUGCAUUCGGUGUAUGCGGCUGGGGAAGCAGUCCCUAUUAUAUUAAAUUUUUGAUUUCAAUGAAAUACAUAGUUUGCAGUGAAUGAAAUACGAUUGUUACGAUACGGGUAAAAUCGAAAAGGGAAAAGUGUACGCAAGAUGAAGGCACAAAAAACGUGUCAAAUGGGCCAUCUCCUAAUUCAUGGUUUGGUUUUUGUUAUUCUGCUUACUCCAUCAGUUAUUAAUGCAGAAUCUGCAUGUCAGAAAGGAUGUUUGCAAUCUGACAGUGGACCACUUAAAUAUGUUCCUGGUAAUGUUUAUGAAUAUGCUUUUGAUAGUAUGAUGACAGUGAGUACAACAUCAACUGGCCUAAACUCAAAUAAUGAUGAUGACACUAGUUUGAAAAUGGUCGGAACUGCCAAAAUAUUUGCAGAGGGAAAUUGUGGGUAUAACUUACAAUUGAGCGCAAUAAAAGUAACAGCAACAAAGAAAAAGGAUUUCGACAAAAAGUUGUUGCAAAGUUUGCAGAAGCCAGUACAUUUUACAAUGAGCAGUGGAAAGAUUGAACCAGAAAUUUGUGCAGACUCUAGCGAUACGGCUUAUGCAUUGAAUAUUAAGCGUGCUGUGAUCUCCCUAUUUCAGGCAAGCCCCAACUCGGAAAAUGAAAUUGAUAUAUUUGGGCAAUGCCCGACUCGUACGUCCGUUACACGAGUUGGCAAUGCUGACGUUAUAUCGAAAGUACGAGACUUGAAUAAUUGUGCCCAUCGUGAAAAAAUCAACAGCGGUAUUAUAUCUGGAAUAAUAAAUGAAAGAGCUGGAAUUAAAUCAACAAUGCUGCUGCAGUCUAAUUAUUUUAAAGAAUUGCGGUUAGAGGAUGGUGUUGUUGAAAACGUCCAAUUGUCGGAAGAAUAUAAAUUUAGUGGAUCUCCAAAAGAAAGUCCUAUUGUAAAAGCAAAAGUUAUAACUAAACUGAAAAUAAAAAAUAAGGCUGGUAGUUCUGCUGCUUCACCACCUGUAGGUACUAAAGCUACUAGUAUUAUAUAUGAUCAACCUGAAAUUUAUUCAGUCAAAAAUUUGGCGGCACUUAAAAGUGCACUUUCGGACGUUGUAAAGUCUAUUGAAAAUUAUGUGCAGAAUGGCAGUGCAAAAUAUUUCGUUGAGUUAAUACAUUUGAUGCGUAAUGCCGAUGCGGACACUUUGCUAGAAUUGGGUUCAGUACCAUAUCCGAAUAAAACAUUGUCUCGAAAAGUGUACUUGGAUGCAUUAUUUAGAACAGGUACUACAGAAUCGGCAAAAGCAAUUCUAAAACAAUUUAAUAAAAUGGAAGAUAAAGAAAAAAAUUAUGCAGUACUCUCAUUGUAUUUAAUACAAGUGGUAGAUAAGGAAACAGUGAAUCAAGCAAGUACGUUACUGACACCAAAUGCUUCAAAGGAGGUUUUCCUAGCAGUUGGAAAUAUUGUAUCAAAAUAUUGUCAUCGCAAUGGCUGCGACAAUGGUGAAAUUGAUUUGGUAUCCCGGAAGUUCACGGAUAUGUUGAAAAAUUGCAAAGUUAACACUCGAAAAGAAGAGGACAGGCUUGUAUACUUAUUGAAAGGUAUUAACAACAUGGAUUAUUUAGUUAAUAAUGUAGUUACUGCAUUGGCACAAUGCUCAAGUGCUGGUCGAUCGACACGCCUACGAAUAAGCGCACUACAAGCUUUCAAAUCAGCCUCUUGCGAUCCAGCACUUCAAAAACAAGCACUAAAUAUAUUAAAGAACCGUAAUGAAGAUUCGGAAACUCGAAUUGAAGCCUAUCUAGCUGCAAUAAAUUGUCCAAGUGCUGAACUAGCAAACGAAAUUGCUGAAGUAGUGAAUUCUGAAACAAUUUAUCAAGUUGGAGGAUUUAUAACCUCAAAUUUAAAAGCAAUUCGAGAUUCUACAGAUGCUGCAAGGGAACAGCAACGACACCAUUUUAGCAACAUUCGAGUAACAAAGAACUUUCCAAAAGAUUUAAGACGCUAUAGCAAUAACAAUGAAUUCUCAUAUAAUUUUGAUGCACUUGGUCUUAGUGCCAGCAGUGAUUAUAAACUUAUUUAUUCACAGCAAGGAUUUUUACCUCGUUCAGCGCAAUUAAAUGUCACUGCAGAAGUUUUUGGAACAAAUUUCAACAUAUUUGAAGCAAAAAUUCGUCAAGAAAAUAUUGAAAGCGUCUUAGAAGCGCAUAUUGGACCAAAAGGACUACUCAGCAAAGAUUGGGAUUCAAUUAUCAAAACAACACUUGAAACGGUAACUGGAUCUCGAUCCCGACGAUCCAUUGCAGAUGAGAGUAACAACUUUGCUAAGAAAUAUAAAAAUUAUGGUUCUAAAAGUAGUCAAGAUAUUAACUUAGAUUUGUCAUUAAAACUUUUUGGAUCAGAAAUAAUGUUUUUGAGCUUUGAUGACAAUGUGCCAACAACACUGCCAGAUCUUAUAAAAUAUUUCGCAGCAGGCCUUGAAAAGGUCAAGCAGGAAUUGAGUUCAUUCCAUAAAGAAUUUUUAGUUCAUUCUCUAUUCUUAGAUGCUGAACUCACUUAUCCUACGGGCUUAGGUGUUCCUCUGGAAAUAGCAGCACAAGGUUUUGCAGCUAACAAAUUAGAUUUUGGAAUUGGUGUUGAUGUGGAUACCAUAUUUGAAGAUAGUUGGAAAGCUGUGAACUACAGACUAAAAGUUGUGCCUAGCGUAGACAUAAAUUUGAAUGUUAAAUUUGGUUUUAAUGCUCAUGUAAUGUCAACAGGACUGCAGGUAUCAACUAAUUUACACUCAGCAGCUGGAAGUGAUGUAAGCUUCAGUUUUAUAAAUGAAGGAAAUGGUUUUAAUGUUGAUAUAGAACUGCCUCGUGAAAAAUUAGAACUUGUUAAUUUGCAAAUAGUUACCGAUUUUUACGUUGCUGAACAGGAUAAACCUAUUGAAAACAUUAAACCAAAAGGUAUCAGAAAAGAACAAACUCCACCACCUGUUCACUGUUUUGAUCAGUUAGAAAGCUAUGUUGGCGUAAACGUUUGUGUAUCGAGUUUUCUAGAUGAAAAAUUAAGUACAAAACUAAUUGAUAUAACCCAACCAUAUCAAUUUAACAUUUAUGUAACUAGUGAACGUAAAAUAAAUAUUAAGGGAUACCAUGAUGAACAAGCCCAGGGUGGUCAACAAUGGAAAUUAGACUUCAGUACUCCUGGCUCAAAGGUUAAUCAUGAUACAUCAGUGACGCUUGAAUUGUCAACUACACCUAAAAUAUUUGGUCGUCUCACUUUGAAUAACCCAAAUUAUCAUUUAUCUUUAGAGGCCGGAAUCAGCAAUACAAAUAAAGAGUUGGUAUAUUACACUCGAAUGGAACAAGAUGGAAAUGUUAAAUAUAAUAAGCUUGGGUUUGAAAAAAAUGGAAAUAAUUAUAUUCCAAAAAUUCAAGUGGGAGAUAAAAACGAUAUAUAUGGCUAUCGUGCAGAUGGUAAAGUCAUAGUUGAAAAGGUCUCAGACACAAACACACGAUAUACGUUUGAUAAGUUACAAGUAUCCAACAAUGCCAAUGAACAUGUCGUUAUGAAUGGUUGGACAGAAUUAGGUCCAUCACAUCUAUCCUCUGAAGUUCAUAUUUCACCUGGAGAACAAAAAUAUUUUAUAAAAAGCAAAUUUAAUGUCGAUAAAGAACUUUAUAAUCUUGCUUUGUUUGUUAAUAACGAAGAUACUCCUGAAAAUGUUAUUGGUGGUUCAAUCGAAGUGAAACACGAUCCUCAAGACUUAUCACUAAAUUUGGUUCUUAAAGCCUUAACCUGGGAAAUUGAGUCCGUAAACAAAUAUAGUUAUGUACCGUCAGAAUCUGAAUCAGCUGAAUCACCAAUAACAUCCACAAGCUUUAAUAAUUUAUUCAAUGUUAAAAAAAAACAAAAUCUUGUCGGAUCGCUUAAAAUAAAUGGUUUAAUUGCAUCUGAUAAAUGUCAGCUUAAUAUAGAUAUUGAACGCAGUAAAGGUCGUUUAGCAUCAUUAGCCGUUAAAUAUAAUGAGAAUCCAAACAGUCCCGACUCGCUACUCUUUGAUUACCGUUUGGAUAUAAAUGCAAAACUUAAUAAACAUUCUAUUGAUAUUAUGUCUAAAUGUUCAAAUAAUGGAAACCGCAAUACAAUUGAUAAUAUUCUAACCACUAGCUGGGGUACGGCUUUAACAGUCAAGGGCGAACUCGGACAACGAUAUACGCUUAAAGAUGUGUUUAUAGAUCUUCAAGGCAAUAUAAAACUUAGUGGCAAGGAGAAACAAACUCAAUGGACUUUGAACGUUAUUGGCACUCCAGAAAAACUAAACACAGAAGUUAAGAUAAUGCGAGACAAUGCUGAGCUUGUCAAAUGCAGUGCGGACGUUAAUAUUCAAGAUAAGAUGACUGCUGGAAAAGUAAACUUGAAUGUUAAGAAUGCUUUUACUACAAAGGCAGAUUUCAAAAUAAAUAAGAAUGGUAAAGGAGAUGUGACAGCUGUGGUUGAAACACAAAAGACUGAACCAAAACAUAAGAUUGAAAUUGCCUCAAAGUUCACCAUUCAGUCGCCGAAAUUUGAUGUAGAGACCUCUAUCAUAUUUGAUUCAAAUAAAAAGUUCAAUUUCAAAACGGAAAAUAUAUUAGAUAAACAGAAGCUCACUACAAAAAAUAUCGCAGAAAUCGGUGACAAGAAAAUUACAUUUGAUGCAAAUGCAUCUGUCAGAGGUGAAUGGCAAUUAAACGGUGAAGUUCAAGCCAAUUUUGUAUUAAAAUGUCCAGAUGGGCAUACAAUAGAUGGUUUAGUAAAACGUAAAGUUCUUACAAAUCCUAAAACCGGCUUAGCACAAGGUAACAUGGAAAUUUCAUUAAAUGACGCGCGUGGUGACAAGAAGGCUUCUUUUAGCAUUAAUGGAAAUUUGGAGAAAUAUAGCGUUAAAUCUAAAGAAGUUGUGGCAAACGCUCAUUUAAUUUUCACUAAUUAUGAUAACAAGAAACUUGAUGUAACUUAUGGUAUAAAACACCUUGUAAAAGAUGAUCAUUUUAAAAUGCUUGAACUUGGCAUUGUUUCCCAAGGGGAUCUAUUCAAAUCUCAACAUGACUUGAAGAUAAAUAUAGAUGAGUAUAACAAGCAAAGCGCAAAAUUCCGAGUAAAUGCUAAAUGUAGCGAAAACAUUCAAUUAAGUGUUAAAGGCAAUUAUAAUUUGGCCCAGGAAGGUGAACCAACUACAUUUGACAUAGAGACUGUUGUACAAGCACCAAAUUCACAAUUUAAAACGUUUGGAGUUAAUGCAAACGGAAAGUUGUUGAAGCCGGUUGCCGAAAAGGAUGGUAACUAUAUUGCUCACUUGGUGCUGGACCAAAAACAGGGUACUGGGCAAUUCUUUAAAUUAAGUUCGCUGUUAGAAGGUAGUCGCAAUGACGGAAAUUAUAAUUUGAUUCUGGAAACAAAUAAAAUGCAAGGACCUUUAAAAAUUAGCACCACCUUCAAACGUGAACAAACAGUAAAUUUGGAUGAUGGAGUAGCAAGUGGCAAACAAAAUUAUUCUUUCAACUAUGAGUAUGCGAAUAAAUUUGUCAAGUCAUCUUCUGAUAUAAAUUUCGUUGCACCCAACUUUGCCGCAGUUCACUUUACUAUAGAUAGCAGUUUCGAUUCUUUUAAUGAAAUCGAUGCAGAAAUUGAAAUGAAAAAACUUGAUGAAAGUAACUAUGCAAUGAAUGUUAAAUUUAAACAGCAUCAAGAUAUACACAAAAUUGACUCGAAAUGGUAUCACUCUACAAACAAAAAUGGUUUCGAUAUACAAAUUGCGCUUCCUAGUGGAAAACCUAUUACACUCGUCGGAUUGUUUGAAAUUUUAGGGGAAAAGAAAGCUAAGCUCUCUGUUGAACUAGAAAAUGUUAUUAAUUUAGAUUUUAAAGCUAAUGCUGAAGCAGCUUAUAAGUCUGUUGAUGAUUUUUAUAUUUUAGCUCAGUGGAGUUCGAAUAAAUUAAAACUUCAAGACUAUAAUUUAAAUAUUCAAGCACAAUCGAAAAGUAUUGCUCUUAGUCUAAAACAUGCGCAAGGUGUUGUUUUCUCCGGUUCUGCAACUUACCAACUUAAAAAGGAAACUAAUAAAUCUAUAAUUGAAGGCCAAGGGCAAGUCCAAUAUAAUGGUAAGAAUGAAAAUGUUAACUUCAAACUCAUCCGACAAAUGUACGAAUUAGAGAACGACAGAGAAUUCGGAUUUUCCUACACGCUUAAUAGCAACUUUGGUCCUCUAAAUGGAGUGUCUACGAUAAAAAUAACAAAUAAGGAAUACAAUGUUAAAUUAUCAGUCUGCGAAGAAAAGAAACAAUGUAAUAAUAUUCAAUUACAGUCUUUAGUGUCAGUUGAUGAAAAAGAACUUGAUUCACUACAACACUCUAUUUUAAUAUUGAUUGAUUUACGACAACUUGGUUAUCCCUAUGAAUUUGAGUUCCAAUCUAAAACCUUGAGAAAAGGUAUGAAAUUCCAGUAUAACUUAGAUUCAAAAAUUCUUUCGAAUAACAACUACAAAUAUCAACUGAUUGCCAGCGUGGUUCCUAACAAUUCUAAGAUACAAAUAAUUUUACCAAAUCGUGAAAUACUUUAUAGUUCAACUCAACAAUUCCCAGCUAAUGGAGCACUUUUUGGUCAUUAUGAGAGUUCAAAUUCAUUUUAUUUCGAUAAACUUAAUAAGCCUGAUGAUGUUACACGUGUGGUGUUUAUCACUGAUAUAAGUGGGGUUCAAAACGUUGCUAUAAAUGCCAAAGGUAAUCUUAAGUUUGAACAUCCUAGUACGCGAACUUUGAGUCUUUCCGGAAAGUUAGAUGCAAAUCGUGAAACACAACUUAUUGAUGCUGAACUAGUAUUUGAUAUAUUCCGUCUUCCCGAACAACAAAUCGUUGCCAGCAGUCGCACGCAAAAUACGGUAAAUGGUAAGGGUUUCAACAUUACGACCAGUCAUAUGGUACGUUCUGCUGGAUUAGGAUUGCAGUAUGAUUUAUCAGGUUAUACGGCAUUCGCACCUGAACUAAGAGCAUUAAGUGCAGGAGUAGAUAUGCAUGGAGGAGCAAACGAUCUACAAGGUAGUAUUUACUUAUAUGCCAGCAAGGACAAUGCAGAGGCUUCAAUUUAUGCCAUGAACGAACAUAUUUUGCACGCCAAAACCGAAUUUAAUCACCAAAACUAUGCCAUGAAAUUUGAUUCAAAACUACAAUUUUUGAGUCAAAAACCUGUUGCAGUAGUUGCAGAUUUGCAACCGACAUUUGCAAAGAUUGUUUUGAAUAGACCAGAUCUCUUUGAUGCUAGUGUGGAACUCAAGUUGGGAAAAAAUUUGAAAUUUAAUGUAGAUACCGCUGGAAAGCAACUUAUUACUGGGCAAAUUGCUUUAGAUUCAACGAAUUUCCUGCAGACUUCAUAUCAAAGCAAUCCGGAUGACAUUAAGUUAUUCAUGGAAAAAGCUGAACUUGAAAUUAAAAAGGAUACGGAAGCUGCACGCGAAAAUAUUAUACAUCGAUUCCAAAAGCUUCGAGAAGUUUUUGGUAGACAGGCACAGUUAGCCAAAGAAAGUGUUCCAGAUUUUACUGAGUUAAGUAAAGCUUACCAAAAUAAUAUAAACGAUAUUGCACAGGAGUUAGAAAGUGAUCCAACACUAAAACAAUUUGCUGAGUCUUACCGCAAGCUAUACAAGGAACUUUCGAAAACCGCUGAAGGAAUCGCUCACACAACUGCAGAAAUAUAUAAACAGCUUUAUGAAAACUUAAAUGCUCUUUAUGAAAAAUGGGAAAUAAUUAUGAAUGAAUCAAUUAUUCCAGUUUGGGAAUCAUUGGUAGUCAAUAUUAAUGAAGUUGUUGGACAAUUACGCAUUGAAAUAUCUAACUAUUACACCAAAAUUUCGGAAUAUACUCUGAAGUUACUUGAGCGCUAUGGACCAGAACUAAAGAAUUACACUAAAUCUUUGAAUGAAGCUUUGAAACCCUUUAAUGAAUUUAUUCACGAGCUGUCUAAAACUAUUAUUCAUGCCAGUGAAGAAAUAUUACAAGAAAUACAAGAAUACAUUGUUAACUUACCGACAUUUGAUGCAAUUCGUAAUGAACUAAAGGAACAAUUUGAAAAACUAAAAGUCUCGGAAAAAGUCAUCAAAUGGAUUAGUGAUGUGUUUGAACAUCUGCACAUUUUACCUCAAACGGAAGAGACUCAAGAAUUUCUUCAAAAACUGAAGGAAUAUAUAAAUAUGAAACUACGGCAAGAGCCAACACAAGAUGAAGCUCAAAUUGAGGAACUAGUUAAGUUGCUUCUUAAAGCUCUUAGAUCUAUUUACGAUACGUUAGAGUUGUCUAAAAGUGUAAAAUUGACGAACUAUGGAUUAGAUUCUGUGCUUCCUACACUACCUUAUGUUGCAGAUAUUUUGAACAAGCUGCCAGCAUUGCUGACCUUCCGGGUAAGCGUUUUCAAUUCAAUACUCAAUGAAAAUUGGGAAAAUAUUCUGCGCUUGGACUUUUUCCAAUCUUGGAUAUUAUUCAAAGAUUUUAAUCUUAAGGGGCUCAUUGCUGAUGGCCAUCAUAUCUUCACUUUUGAUGGUCAACACUUCUCAUAUCCUGGAACUUGUAAAUUCAUUUUAGCUCAAGACAGCGUAAACAAUAACUUCACUGUUGUUGCUCAACUAAAUAACGGCAAAUUGAAAUCAAUAAUUUUGGCUGACCGUGAUGGUAACUUUUUGGAGUUAAGUGACACAGGCGCACUUAAAUUUAACGGCAACUUUGUCGAAUUCCCGUUACAUAGUGUUGAUAUGCAUGCAUGGCGUACAUAUAGCAAUAUUUGGCUUCGUUCUUCUUAUGGCGUCGAGAUUAUGUGUACAAAUGAUUUAAAACUUUGCCACGUCAACGUUAAUGGUUUUUAUACAAGCAAGACUCGUGGACUUCUUGGUAAUGGAAAUGCUGAGCCUGAAGAUGAUUUUAUUCAAGUAGAUGGUACUAUAGCUGCUAAUUAUGUGACAUUCAGUAAUAAUUAUGCUUUGGGUAAAUGUCAAACUGUCCCAAAACGUGCUGACGUAAUUGAGCACACGGACUUGUGCAAUAAAAUAUUUGGCUUGGAUUCACCAUUAGCACUUGGUUAUAUAUUUGAAAAUAACUUACCCUAUCGUAAAGCUUGUGACAUAGCUGUAACGGAUGCCGCAGAAAAAGAAAAGGAAACAGCAGCAUGCACAAUUGCUUCAGCUUAUGGUUCUACUCUUCAAUCGAAGGAACAUAUCAUAAUGUUACCUCCACAAUGUCUUAAGUGUUCAGGAGCUGCCGGUCAACGUGACUUGGGCUCAGAAUUUACUGUGAAAUUACCUAAUAAACAAGCCGAUGUAGUUUUCGUCAUUGAUGUAGAUGUAUCGCCUGCCGUAUUAAAUAAUCUUGUAGCUCCUGCCGUAACGGAAAUACGUGAGACACUUAAAACACGCGGAUUUAAUGAUGUGCAAAUCAGUGUUGUAGCUUAUAACGAGUCAGAACGAUAUCCAGCUUUACUCACAAGUGGUAAAGGAAAAGUAAAUUACCAGGGUAGUAUUGUCGACUUGCAACUCAACGGGCCGAAGAAUUCAAAUUUAAGAAGUCUGAUAACUGAUGUGGUCGAUGAGAAAAACAUUUUAGAUUUAUACGACAUUAUUGAACGUAUUGUAAAACAUGUUGUUCCGCAAUCAGAUUCAAAAGCUUUUAACCUGGCUCUUCAAUACCCAUUCAGAUCUGGCGCAGUAAAAAGUAUUAUUGCAAUUCGAAGUCAGCCAUUAGAAUUUGGAAAUAUGUUCAAAUUUGUACGAGCACACCUCACUGAAGCAGUCACAAAUUUCGAUGGUGCUUUUGUGCAUCUUCUUAGCCCUGUUAACAAAAUGUCACUUGAAGGCGUGGCGGAUGAAAAAUUAAUCGGCUUUAACUCAAGACUUGUUGCAACGGUUGACGGAAAAGAUGCUAAAAAGCGAUCGAAGCUACAAUUCGAAAAUAACUUAGGAAUUGAUGUCGUGUUAAAUAAUGGUGGAUGGAUAUUUAAUACGCAAAACUUCGACACGCUAAACCCGCAAGAUAAAAAGAAAAUGUUAAAUCAGGUUACGAACUCAAUAGCCGACACACUUUUUAAAACGGAUAUAGUUAGUGAAUGUAAGUGUUUACCAGUACUUGGAUUAUAUGCUCAGCAUAAAUGUUCCAUAAAAUCUUCCACAUUUUUGCCAAACAAAAAGAUUAAAGCUACAUAAAAAUAUCAUUCAAAAACAAACAUUAAAUAAAAUAUUAAGAAACAAAUAAAUAAUUAAAAAAAU